ACAACACGGCACAUUAUGUGUGCCGCAUAAGCGUGUACGUAUGUAUCUGUACGCUCUCAGUAUGAAUCCAACAACGCGCCGUCAGUUCGGUCGGCUUGCGGAGAGAUUCCGAGUCCGUCGCUACUGGUCCGUAUUCGGCCGUCGCCCAUCCUAACCUCACUUUUCGAAAAGCCCGCUCUUUUAUGCGUUACGUAACGCCGCGCGACUUUGCCGCGAGUGACACAAGUGGAUGGAUUAGUGACAGUUGUUUGACAGGAACUAAAACAACUUCCUCCCUUCGCUGUACUGAUUUUGACAAUUUUUUUGCGAUAACGGUUAUGUCUCGUAGGUAACACUGGAAGGCCAUAUAGGCGAAGUACCCUACGAAAGUGCAGUAGGUUGGUCGAAGGGUCACUAUCCUGCAGCGACUAGUCCUUGGCCCUCGACCAUCAGACAUUCCCGAUUUAGUGAUGAUGGAACUAUGGACCAGGAUAUGCUAGAUGGAGGCGGUGCUAUCAACCUUUCUACGUCACAGAGACCCUCAGCAGCCACGACACCGAACGAUAGUUUACACCAAGACGACGUCGAACAGCAGGCGGCGUCGUUAGAAAAAGUGCUGAAGGAUCAGCAGCAACAUCAACAACUAGAUCUCGAAAGAAGUAGUUGGGACCAAGACCGCAACGACCGGGAUUUAAAAGGAAAUGGAAGUAUCAGUCCGCCGAAUUCGGAACAUCGGGUCCAAGACGACUCCCCUAUACCCAAUUCAGACCCGCAAAAAGCUCUCAGUGCUACCAUUCCUCCAAUUUCACAAACUGAAUCCAAACUAGCCAAUGAUUUCUCCCCUUACAAUCAGUCUCAAGCUGCUGGUCCGCAAAUGAUGCCGUCUCCUGCUUCGAACCUGCACCACAUGCAACAGCUGUUGCAACAGCACGUCCUGAGUCCUACUCAGUUACAAAAUUUGAUGAAGCAACACUCCAUUUUGCAACAGCAGCAACAACAACAUCAGCAUCAUCAGUUAGCUGAAUUAGGCAAAAAGCAAAUCGAGCAAACCAUUCAGCAGCUUCACGAGCAGCUGCAACUGAAUCUCAUACAACAGACACAUAUCCUUCAAAGUUCGGACAAGAAGAAGGCUUCGGGAUCUCUUCAGCAAUUAGCCUUGCAGCAACAGCAACUCAUACAGCAGCUACAACUGAUUCAGAGGCAAUAUGUGGUCCAUCAAGGUAUGGGAAUGCAGCCUUUGAUGAUAGCCCAAGGACAAGGAUUGAACACACGAGAUGUCAUGAGUCCUUGGAAGGAGCUAAAUGAUCAACAGCACACCUUAAAUAAUAAGCCCCCUUCGGAAAUUAAUGAUAAUUCCCCAGGAUUGCUAAGUAUGCAAAGCCGAUCAGGCAGGGAAGACUCACUGAUCGAAGAUAAACCAGUAAGGACAACGACUCCUGAUAGGGUGCACCACCAUCUUUACGGUCAUGGUGUCUGCAAAUGGCCUGGAUGUGAAACAAUUUGCGAGGACCUUCAAGCAUUUGUCAAGCAUUUAAAUACGGAACACACCCUAGACGAUAGAUCAACCGCUCAAGCUCGUGUUCAAAUGCAAGUCGUGUCUCAACUGGAACUCCAGCUGCAAAAGGAACGCGACAGGUUGCAAGCUAUGAUGCACCACUUGCAUCUAUCCAAACAGAUGGGAUCGCCUGAUCCUCACAAGGAUGCAGUUGGUGGAACGCCUGGUAAGAUUCAGGUCAGUACUCCUAUACCUCCUCCACCUGUAAAUUUGGGACCUAUGGUAUCAGCUGUGCGAUCCCCGGUGCUCCAUUCUCCAGCCUCUAACGUAGCUGGCCCGAUUAGGAGGCGUCUUAGCGAUAAAUCUGCCCUAUCGUUAGCUGGAGGUCUGCCAUAUAUGCUUGAAAGAGCUGGACUAGAUGUUCAACAAGAAAUUCAAAGGAAUCGAGAAUUUUACAAAAAUGCUGAUGUUAGACCACCCUUUACCUAUGCCUCAUUAAUUCGACAGUCUAUCAUCGAAUCUCCAGAUAAACAGCUUACGUUAAACGAAAUAUACAAUUGGUUCCAAAAUACGUUUUGUUAUUUUAGGAGAAAUGCAGCUACUUGGAAGAAUGCGAUUCGCACCAAUCUGUCCCUCCACAAGUGUUUCGUACGCUACGAGGACGACUUUGGCUCAUUCUGGAUGGUGGACGAUGCCGAAUUCGUGAAGCGUCGCCACUUGUCCCGCGGAAGACCACGGAAAUACGAUCCCACCCCAUCACCCACUCCACCCCAUUGUGCACAGAGUGGAUCAUCUAAGAGUCCUACAAUAAACCACAGCCCCACUUUGUACGGCGAUCAUAUGUCAGCUAAUCAGUUUAUACAGGCCUCGCUGUUAGAAGAAAACAAUUUACCCUUCUUAACUAGUCCAUCGAUGAUGCCUGGAAGGCCUAGAGACAGAUCUGAGUCUCCUCCCCACGAUCAUCAUAUAAGGUCUCCAAUGAAUGGUGGUCUGCAUAUAAAGCAAGAGAUGGUGAACCAAGAUCACCACAUCGUGAGGGAGCCGGAACAGAUGCAUCACAUGAUCAAGCGUGAAAUGCAAAACGAAUACGACGAUGUGGAUCACGAGCAGCAGUCGGACAACAUGGCGGAAGACUUGACAAUAUCCUCCGAUCACGUCGAUCAAACGAACAUUCUAGACGCAUAGUGAUUGAAUUAAGUGAGUGUGAUAUAGACAAGAAACACAGGAUCUCGAAUUUUACAGACUUUAAUUAAUGCUGGGUCGUAUCUUAGAUUAAAUAGUUGAUUUUUUGAUUGGUCGUUGUGUUGAGCGAAGUCAGAGUUUUUGUACAUUUAUUUGUAUAUAAAAUGUUAUAGCGAGAAUGGGUAUUGUUACUUGUUUAGGUAUGAAAUCAGAUAUUGAUUAGUCAAGUUGAGAUAUAAGUUCUUUAUAUACAGGGUUAUUUGUUAAUAUUAUGGUGAACUGUAUUCAUUUUGGCUAAGCCAAAGACUCCAGGUAAUGUUGCGUUGUAAGGAGACAUGUAAAGGAUUUCUUUUAGCAUAUCAUUUGUGCUAUUUGUGACGGUAGAACGGGAACUGCCGUUGUCUGUAUGCCAAAUAUUUGUGUUAAAACUGCGCUCAUAUAGUGAUGUAAAAUCAGCAAUAUUGUAAAUUAUUAUUAUCGUAAAGCAUAUAUUUACAAAAAGAAAAUUAUCCCAUAUCAAUCUAAAAUAGAAGCAUAUAUCAGUGUAUAAAAGAGUAGAUAACGUUUGUGACGAAAGCAUUCAUUAGGGUCAUUUCUAAUAUUAAAUAUUCUUCUCUCCCAUUUCAUGAAUACACAGUAUUUUUUGUGAUUUUUACAGGGUGUCGUUCUCUACUCACUAUAGUCAAUAUACCUUUCACAUUCGAAUGAGAAAUAUAAGAUACACAUCCUGUAUAAAAUUCCAAUUCUAUGCCAAAUAUGGCCUCUUACACUUGCGCUUUUUUUGAAAAAUGUUUUUAGACAAAUUUACAUUUUUUCUGUAAAUUGAAAUUUUUAUGUAAAUUUACACUUUUUCUGUAAGUUUACCGAUUUUCUGUAAAUUUACACUUUUCCUGUCAAUUUCUGCGUUAGUGUAAUAUUUAUAUGUGUAGUAUUUACUACACACAGAAUGUAAAUCUUUCUUCGAAAUAAAAUAACUCGUAAGUCCUAGUGAACUUAGGACUACUUUAAAAAAUGUAAACUUACAGAAAACGUGUAAAUUAACAGAAAAACAGUAAAUUUACUGAAAAUGUGUAAAUUUACCGAAAACGUUUAAAUUUAUAUUUUACAGAAAAAGUGUAAAUUUACAGAAAAACUGUAAAUAUUACUAAAAAAGUUGUUUCAACGUUGAUAUAUUCUAAAAACAUUCUAACAAAAAACGAUGAAUCAUACUGGUCAAAAUUAUGCCUUUUUGUAUCUGACAUGCUAUAGUUUCUUUAAUUUUUGUUUGCGAAAAAAAACGAACUGAUUUAAAUAAAAACAGCGUAAUUGUAAAGAGGCCUAAUAAAUAAUUGGUAUACUGGGCGUGAGUAUUUCUCCCGUCCUGUAUAAAUGUGAUAGACUCUUUAGUUCACUGCUUAUAGAACAUGAAACACUUUCAGAAAGUAUUUUAUAGAUUUUCAAUAAACUAUCUAAAUAUAAAAGUUCUUUUAUCAUUUGGCGGAUCAAAAAUUUUACUAGCAAUGUGUUAAAAUUUACUCGUACUGUAGUAGCGUGUUAUAUAUGACAUGCCAACAUAUCAUUGUAAAAAUAGAAAGAAUGGCAUCUAUAUUUCUGCUACGAAUAUCUAGAAUUUACUGUAGCAACGAUCAGGAGCAUUACGAACUGAUUGGUUAGGUGUUUGUAUUAAAAUUUCUGACUCGUAUUUAGAAUUUGACAAUUCCACAUCUCUUAGCUUAGACUAAAUAACUCUGAAAUCUUCGUGAUGCUCCUGACAAUGAUUAAAAAAACUUCCGCCUCCUGCUUAAUUUGGAUUUGUUUUUCCAAUUUUUGUUAUUCUGGGUUCAAAAUUAACUUUUGAAAAAAAAAUUAACUAGUACAUGCUGGGUUUAGUUUAUUCACGUGGUACAAUAAUAAGUCUAUUGGGAUAAAAAAAAUGAUCACAUUAUAUCAGCAGGUCAAACUUUUCCUAAACCCAGCAUUUUCAGCUAAUAUUUUUUUAUAAGUUUUGUUUAAGACAAACUUUGUUUUUUUAAAAAUAAAAAUUGCAGUA